GGCUCCUCCUCUUAUGCAAAACAGCCCGAGUAUCCGGAAAUUAACAAUCCCGUGAUGUUAGGGGAGCGCUAGCAUAGCAGUGGAAUGAGUAGAGCGCCUUUCUCGAUUAAAACUUACCCAGAGGUCAGUUUUAGCGAACUGUUUGCCUUCAUUGUCGUCGACAGACAUGGCGUUACCGGGGACGACGGCUGUCGAAGGACGUCUGUCCACGCACGGACCUUGAGGAUGAAGAUUAACGGGAUGCCAUUCAGUUAGCUACUCUGGACCCCGAUUAUGUGCCACAGAAGCUAGCAGGCUAGUUAAUACGCUGUGGCAAAGUAUUUACGGGCUGCUGCUCGGUGUGGAAACGGAGAAAUAUGGCGGGGUUGGUGUUGAAGCAGCUGUCAGAUUUCGGGGACUUUUCUCACGGUAAAGAGCUGACAGAGAUACUCAGUCUGAAUAACAACGAGCAGAUAAACAGUGUUCGCAUGAGCCCAGAUGGACGUCACAUCCAUGUCGUCCUCCGCAAGCCUAAGGUCAGUCUUGUGACUUUUGACAAGUAUGAAAGACCCCAGCUGGCUCCUAACCAGAAGAAACUGGAUUUGUGCGUAAACGUGCCCAUCGUGGAUAUUUUCUAUCUGGAGCAUCACGGCGGCGGCAGCAGCAGCGGUGCAGCGGUCGUGGCAGUGGUUUAUGAAAGUGGGAAAGUUGAGUUUUGGAAGUUCCAGGAGUGCAAGUCUGGCUGGCAUCUCCUGCAGACAUCACAGUUGUGCAACAGUCCCCGGGCUAAAGUGGUAUCUGUCUGUGCUUGCUCUAAUCUUAUCAUCUGGUGCGAGGAGCGGCCGCCGUCAGAAAGCUCCCCUGUCCUCAGCGCCACAAGGAAUAAGUUGAGAAACUGUGUUUGCAGACGUGACUUUGAGGUGAACGAGACGGCUGUCAGCUUGGGAGGGGUGAAAAUCGCCCUCCACAAUAAUCCUGACUUUACUGUGGUCAGCUCAGGGGAAUAUGUGCACCUUCUUCCUGACUUGAAGUCGAAGCCGCUGUUGAACAUCUCCAAAUUCUUCCUCUCCUGGUCCCCUCGCUAUGACUCCUUUACAGUCAGCACCACAUGUAAAAACACCCCCCUUAAAAAGCUUUCAGCUAAAGAGUCUGACUUUAUGAAGCUGGUAAUCGAUUGCUUAGGAUAUUUGUCUCCUCUUGAGCCACCUGAGAUCUGCAGCUUCUCACCCACAGCCUGUGGAGGCCUCCUCCUGCUGCUCAGCACAGGCUGGCUCUGUCUCCUGCAGAAAGACGGGGUCCUGCGGCAAGUAUACAAACUAGAAGACAACUGUUUGGUAAAUUACAGCACUCACACUAGCCUUGGUAUGUAUGAGGACACCCUGGCACUAAUUAUGGGGCAAAACCUGCAUCUGAUAGACUUGAACUGUGGCAGAGAGCUGGAAAAGAUUGUGCUGAUGAGUGAAGCAUUAUUAUAUACAAACAGGGCAGAUAUGUGUACACCUCACCUACUCUCAGAAACUGGACUUUUUGUAGUGGUGAGCAGGGGGACGGACUCCAGAGACUGCAGCUUCAGAAUAAAGUCUCCUGGUUUCAGUACAGUGGAGAGUAUUCAUCCUGGAGCCCUCCUGGUAGAAGCUGUCUUUGAAGAGGCCUGUAAAUACUACCAGCAGAGGAGCCUGAGCAGCACCCCGCUCACCGUGGACUCGCUGAAGAAAGGGGGGAGAUUCCAGGCUCCCAUCUCUUUAGCCUCCAUCCUCUUCAGCUACCUCAGCGCAGGCUUCAAGCAAAAGGGAGCACAGCUGUCCCAGAAUGGAGGAGGUGGAUGUAUCACAGGGCAAGACAAGCUAAUGGGUUCUCUUGAGGCUGAGCUCAAGGCUCUGGUUUCGCUGGAGGAAGUGAAGGGGACUUUAGUGAGGGGUAGUGUUAAAGAGGUGGAGGCAAUGUGUGAGAGUCUAGUUGAGAAAGAAGUAUUGAGGCUUCUGUCGUCUCCUGAGUUGGAUAAAGAGGCUCUGCUGUACCUCAACUCCAUCUUCAGCAUCUUUCCCUCCGAGGGUUGGAAGGCGGCGCAGUCUGCUCUGCAGCUACACUACAACGGUGAAGGAUUUCUGUCCAGCAGAGCUCCCCCUGAUGUGUGGAAAACUGUUCUCAGUGCUGGUCUGUCAUCCAGCCCUGUAGCCUCCCUGUCAUUAACCAAUGGGGGACCAAAACACAAUCGCAGCCUUAAGGUCGAUUACUUUACAAACUGUAAAGGAAAAUCUACAACCUCCACUUCCUCAGCUGCCUUGCCUGUGUUUGAGCUCCUCUGCAGGUCAGUUUUUCAUUUCCAGCCCAGCUGGCUGCCCAGAUUCCUCGAGCUCGCCCAGAAGGAGCAGGGCUCGACGGGGUUGGGUCUGGGCCUGGCGGCUUCCUCUUGGAGUUUUUCUAGUGGGAGAGGAGGGGACUGCAAUGAAAGCAACGUGCCACUAUAUAAACGAGCACUGUACCUUCUGUCCAGCUUAAACCCAGACAGAGACCAGCAGCAGGACCUAGAGGUGGAGCUGCUGCUGGUGAGUGGGAGACCCAACGCAAUCCUACAGGCUCUGCGGAUCCUCAUGAGCAAGAAGCAGUGGUAUCGGGUCACCCAGGUGGCCCAGAAGUGCUGUAAACAGAGUCCGCUGCUCAACAAGGAGAUUUUCACUAUUUUGUUGUGUGAGGUGGCCCAUCACAGAGACCUGGAUCCCUACCUGGAUUUGCUGUGGACACUUUGCCCUGAGGAUUUCACCGUCACCACCAUCCUGAACAUGGUCCUGAAAAACCUCCCCUCUCCCAACACUCCCUCCCACUCCUCGUCUUUCCUGGCGUCCAGUUCAACCUCUUCUACUCCUCCUUUCACAGACCCCCACAGUACUCAGGUGACUGUUGGGCUAUUGAAACCACUGCUGAGAAAAGUGUUGCAGAGGGAGACCAAGCCUAGCCAGCGCUACGUGGACAUCCUCCAGUCACCGUCAUUCCCCCCUCCUGCACUGCCUCGCCAGCCCACUGAGCAGAGCGGCAGUGUCACAGACCCCAGUGCAGACUCUGAUCUGUGCAACAACAUCACCCCAGCUCUUCUUGCAGAAACCCCUGAACAGCAGACCUGCACACAAACAGCUAUUCAAAGGCAGAGGGUGGCUCUACCUGCUAACACAGUUUGAAGAAGAAUGAAUGAAGAACAAAACUGUCUUUAUACUCCCUUCAACACAUAAUCUGACCGAAGUGUAAAUCGGUGUGAUGACAAUCAUAUUAUAAAACAGAAUAAUAUGUAAUAAUAUAUAAUAAGAUCGUAUUUCUUGUUUUGUUUUGUUUUUAAACUGUUGAAAUGUGACUACUAGAAAAUAUUAAAUGACUACUGAAGAUCCUACCAGUGUAAUAACUGCAGGUAAAUUUAAGUGUUUAAAUGGGGAUGCACAGAUCUGAUGGAUCGGGCAUCUGUGGCAAAGAUUUCAGAUCAGUGUAUAUCUCAGUUUAUUUCUGUGCGCAUGAACAUUUUGCUCUAAGGAGCUUAUUGCGGUCAAUACGGUUAACCUCUUCUUCACUUGGCCUGUCUGUCUCCUUCGCCACACAAGAGCAGAGGAGAGAAAAUGCAGUGGAGACUUUGACGUGAAGCUGAAAUGAAACAGCUGCACAUAAAUUAGUUGUAUACAAUAUUAAAAUACUUCUUUUUUUUUUUUUAAGAUAUUUGUGUUUAUUCAGCUUAGUUUCCUAGAUGGCAGGAGUCCCUGUUUUUAUGUCUCAUUUCAGUAACUGAGUUGUUUAUUUGCUUCAUGUUACUUUACAUAUAAGUAAAUGAAUCCUCUGCGUGACAAGUGCAGCUUAAUAAUUUAUUGUCGAUACUCUGUAUCUGCAGAUAUCUCAAAGAAAAGUCGGAUCGGUGCAUCCCUACUCUUUAUGUGUAUAAACUGUAUCUACAGUGUUAUUUAUCUUUUCAGCCUUAACUGCACGUCGAUGAGAAUGUUCUUGCAUUGCGUAACUUUAACCUGUAUAGGAAUCCUAUCAAAGGGUAGCGGUAUUAACACAAUAUAGUAUGUAAGUGCUCAGUGAAA